AUGGCCUGGACUUCUAAAUUAAUCACCAUCACUGUUCUGAUCAACCUCAUGGGAUGCUUCACUGGUGCACUGGGCAACUUUCGUCGACCCACUAGAGUUGGAGUGACAUGCUGUAAGGUGGUGUCGAAGGGAAGAAUUCCUCCUGAAAUUAAACUGAUUGGAUACAAGCAUCAGAAUGCUCUGAGUCCGUGUGUGAAUGCUAUAAUAUUCUACACAGAGAAGGACAAGUACUGCUCUGAUCCAAAAGCGCGCUGGAUUCGACAGAGACUGGAAGGUCUGAAGAAGAUGAGCCAAUAGAUGCCGAAAAUCUAUCUAUAUAUCAAUCCAUCUAUCUAUAAAAAGAGAAUAUAUAUUAUGUAAGUUUAUUUAACCAAAAAAGUAUAAUUAAAUACCCUUUUAGCUUAUGUGAAUGUUAAAAGAUGUUUCAUUUAAUUGCUUUGUUUUAGUAUAGAAAUAUUUCAUGGGUGCCAUAGAUCAUGCAAUUCGUGGAUUUAUAAGCAGACAAAGACAAAAACAGAAAUAAACAUGAAGCAAGUAACAACUUUGCAUACUAAACGUACACAAAACAACAUAAGACCUUCAAAAACAUAAGGGGUAAAAUUGGUAAGGUAUAUUAUUACAGUUUUUCUCAGUAGCUUUUUUGUUACACUUCUUGAAUCAUCCUUAAGAUUUGUAAACAGUUGUAGUUCUUGUGUUUCUUUUUUCUUGUUUCUUUCUCUUGUUUCUUGUAGUUCUUGUCUUUCUUCUCUUUUUUUCUUCUUUCCUUUAGUGAUUCCGCUUGAUAACGGGCUUGUUAAUGCUGAAAUGACUCUAUAAAUAAUAUAUAAAUAUUUUGUGGAUCAGAUAAGGUCCAGUUCUGGUUUAUUUCUUUGCUCUUGGCUAACAUGUGGCAUUUCUAUGGCCUGCUUGUGGCCCACAUCUGGCAAAAAGGAGCGGUCCGCCCAAGUGCCAUCAUUCCGCAUGUACCAGAUGUGGGCUGACACAAAGUUGCUUUCUGGGUACAAACCCUGUGUUUCUGUGAAAUGAGAUCCAGCUGUGUUGCAGAAAUUAGAAAAUUUAGAAAAUUUAAAAAAAAAAAAAAAAAAAAAUUUUGAGAUGACACACUAAGACAUCAACAAUCAGCACAUAAAUCUCAACUAUGGUGACAACCAAAAGUGUCAUGCUGUAGUGCAUGCUGGGUAUCAUAGUACAAAACUCCCAGAAUGCAUCAGAGCAUGGAUAAAUUAUGCAGUUUUUCUAAUUGUCUGAAUAUUUUGUUUAUUGUCACCAUUGUUGAGAUUCAUAUGGGUCAUACAGAGACGCUGAAGCUUACAAACUUUAUUAAGGAUAAAAGAUAAAGGGUUAGUUUCUACCAUUAGUGGUUCAUUGUGGUAAAGUGCUACAAGUAGUUAUAAAUGACCAUAAUGACUGAUAGCAGUGGAAAACAGGAUGUGGUUAACUGCCACUGAACAGAAUAUGUCUAACAUAAAAAAGACAUGUUCAUCAAAGUCAUUGCCUUCAGACACCACACUGUAAAAAUAAAAUAAAAUAUAAUAAAAAAUAAAAAAUGCUGUAAAAUAACAGUAAUCUACUGGCAGCUGUGGUUGCCAGUAAUGUACUGUUAAUUUACAGCUCUCUCUUUUUUACAGUAUGUUACCGUAAUACUACCAUGGAAAUGAACCCAUUUCGUUUGGGAAAUCAAUUGCUUCAAAUAGUUUGUUUAAAAACUAUUUUUUAUACAGCGUUAGUACUGUGAACUUAUUUCAUUUGAGUCAACUGAAAAUGAAUAUUUCUUAACUGCAAACACUUAAUGUGUAAUAGCAAAAUAAUUAAAAACAUGACUUUAAUCUUUGCAGCUUGUUAGCAAUAGCACAAAUAUACAUAUUAAAGCACUUCGCAAACAGCUUAUCAUUGCAUCAGCAACUACACAGUUACUGCCUUUAAACAAAGCAACAUGCAGCAUAACAUCAGUGUUUCUCAACUCAUCAUCAUCUCCAGCACAAUGGUAACCCCAUAAAAUAAAUCAAUUAAACUAAAAGAUCUUUCCUUUUCCUUAAUUUUUCUAUUAACUUUCAGUAAUAUUUCAGUGAAAUUAACUUGUUUUGUUUAGAAAUUAUGUUUUACAGAAUAUUAAUCUUUUUUCCCUUCAUUUUACGGUAAUCUACUGUCAGCAAGUUUGGCAGUAAAUUGCUGUUUUUCUACAGUUUGUUGCCGUAAAUUAAUUAAAAAAUGUUUUUGCUGAACUAUGGAUAUUUGUGAAAUUUCACUGACAUUUAAAAUGACUCAUAUCAUGAAAUAAAACUUUGAUCAUAUCA